AUGAAACACAGCGUAGGCUCAGAUUCUGAAGAGUAUCUUCUUGAAGAAUUGCCUAAGUGGCACGAACUUGGAAACAUGUUGGAUGACAUAUUCCACGAGAAGUCACUAUCAUCAGAGAAUCUGGGUCCUAUACUCAUUAUGUGCUCGGAUACUCGUACAGCUCGUCAGUUGUACCAGGUGAUAGAAUCAAUGAAAGAGAUUAAAGUAAGCGGUAAGAAAUACUUCAGUUCCAGAAGAUUUAUGAUUCUGAAGUUGCAUGAGUAUCUCCAAUGGAAGGAGAUCAACAACUUGUCUAAACAGCUUAACGAAGAUUUGGAGAAAUCUGAAGACCAGACCGAAGAACAGAUUAUUACGUCUAAAUCAUUUACCAGAAAUGGACAACCAGCUAGCAAAAGACGAAGAACUCGUGGAGCUUCUUCCACAGCAAGAGUUGCCAAACUAUACUCCGGGGAAAACAGAGGGGCUGUCGAUAUUGAUGAAAAUGUAUUAGGUCAAAUGGACCAAGAAAUCGUAGAGUCAGAGGAAGACGAUGUCGUGGAAACAGGACCUACUGGUUUAUUUGUCGAAACUGAAGACAUCAUCGUGCCUUCGUUAAGUCAUAUCAAUAUGGGUGAUCAGGUAAUAAUCCAAGUCUACGACGAAGGCAGAAACGAUGCUUUACUUCAGGAAAUUUCGCCUUCAUACAUAAUAAUGUAUGAACCAAACUUGUCAUUCAUACGGCGUACAGAAAUCUUUCAAGCCAUAAACAGGGACCAGCCUGCGAAGGUCUUUGUAAUGUUUUACAGCAACUCCACAGAAGAACAAAAGUAUUUGCUUCGAUUGAAGAAGGAGAAAGAUGCAUUUACUAAGUUAAUCAGAGAAAAGGCAUCGUUGAGUAAACAUUUCGAGACGAGUGAAGAUAACUAUAAAUUCCAAAUUCAGAGAAAUCAAACGAUGAACACUAGGAUAGCAGGAGGGGCUUCGUUCAGAACGACCGAUGAAAUGAGAAUCGUCGUGGACUCAAGAGAAUUUGGUGCUCUGCUACCAAAUUUGUUGUACAGAAUUGGAAUCAAAGUUGUUCCAUGUAUGCUUACAGUUGGCGAUUAUGUCAUUUCUCCUAAGAUUUGCGUAGAGAGAAAGGCAAUUCCAGAUUUGGUUUCUAGUUUUAAAUCUGGAAGAUUAUUUACUCAGUGUUCUCAGAUGUUCAAGCAUUAUGAGACACCUACGUUGCUAAUCGAAUUCGACGAGAACAAGUCAUUUUCUUUGCAGCAGUACGCUGAUUCCCGGUUUUUAAAAGGAAGAGCAGAAACAGCCAACGAUUCGCCCAUCAACCAACUGUUGCAGUCUAAGAUUAUGGAGUUGUUGGUUGCAUAUCCCAAGUUGAAAAUCAUAUGGUCGUCUUCUCCGUAUGAGACAGCACAGAUAUUCAUGUCGUUGAAAGCCAAUCAGGAGGAGCCAGAUGUAGAAUCAGCUUUGAAUAAAGGUGUCAGCAAAGAAGUCAUAACUGAAGAUGGAGGGCCACCAAACUUUAAUGACGACCCGAUCGACUUCAUACAAAACAUCCCAGGCAUAAACGAUAUGAAUUACUAUAAGAUUAUCCAAAAUGUCAGGAAUUUAGAAGAGUUGGUUCAGCUCUCAAAGGAGCAGUUUGUGAAGUUGCUUGGAAAAGAAAACGGAAAGAAGGCUUAUAACUUUAUCAACCAUAGAAUUAAGUAG